CAUUCGGAGCAGAAGUGGACCAGGACGUCCUGCGGGCUGAGGGGCGUGGCCUUGGCUGCGUGGGAGGGGAGGGGGGUUGCGGGAUGGGGGUGGGCGGGGCAAGGGGGGCAGUUUUACCGGACGCACUUGAUGACUUCCGCCGACUUGAAGACUUGAGGACCUGACGCGUGACGUGACGUGAACGCACCCCCACCCCCUCAUCCCUACCCCCCCUCUCUCCCGCACCCCCCCCCCCCCCCCUCUCUCUCUCUCCGGGGGGGUCAUGUCGCGCGCGGCCGCCAUCGCCAGCUCGCUCAUGCGCCAGAAGCGGCAGGCGCGCGAACGCGAGAAGGGGAGCACGUGCCGCGGGAGCCCGAGCAAGGGCGCCAACGAGCACGAGACGAGCACGCUGAGCGUCUUCUCGCGCGUCAAGUUGUUUGGCUCCCGGAAGAAGCGGAAGAGGAGGCGACCGCCAGAACCCCAGCUCAAAGGCAUCGUCACGCGGCUGUGCAGUCGUCAUGGUUACCAGCUGCUGAUGGACCCUGAUGGCAGCGUCCAUGGCACCAAAGAAGAAGACAGCGCCUAUGCUGUGUUCAACCUGAUCCCCGUGGGUCUCCGUGUGGUGGCCAUCCAGGGGGUCCAAAGCAAAUUGUACCUGGCCAUGAACAGCGAGGGCUUCCUCUACACUUCUGAACACUUCACCCCCGAGUGCAAGUUCAAGGAGUCGGUGUUUGAGAACUACUACGUGACGUACUCCUCCAUGCUGUACCGCCAGCAGGCGUCGGGCCGGGCCUGGUACCUGGGCCUCAACAAGGAGGGCGCCAUCAUGAAGGGAAACCACGUGAAGAAGAACAAGGCGGCCGCACACUUCCUGCCCAAACCCCUCAAAGUGGCCAUGUACAGAGAGCCGUCCCUCCACGACCUGACGGAGCUGUCCCGCUCAGGCAGCGCCACGCCCACAAAAAGUCGCAGCGCCUCGGCUCUACUUAACGGCGGGAAGACCCCCAGCAGCCACGACCUAUCCUAGCCCCGCCCCCCCCUGCCCCGAACGGAUCUCAGGCGGCCACGCCCAGCUGUCAGGAGGAAGUGGGAGGAGCUUGAAGGAGCCACUGUGAUGUAAAUAGAGGAGAGACAAUCAGACUGUUAACCAAAAAAAAAGUAUCCGUUGCUUGGAAACCACGUUUACACCCGAAUCCCUUCCCCCGCAUGCAUGUGCGCGCGCAUGUCCGCCGUCUGUGCCCACUUUCGCACUUUUUUGACCGUCGCAUGAGCGCUUGCCGACUCCGCUAUGUAGCAGCAUGCCUUCCUGCUCGCACACGCUCCUCCGCCAGAGGGCGCCAGUGAGACACAGCACAGCGCUGGUGAACGGGCCAAUGAGAGGCAGCCGGGUGACUCGAAUGGACCAAUAGGAGCACGCUCCCAUUUUGCGGACGGAAUAAAUUUGGCGCACAAGCUUUUGUCGGCAAAGUAUUUAUGUUUCAGAAAUGUGUGACGACAAUAUAAAGUGCAACAGUAAAGAAGACAACGUUAUUAAUAAUUUGUGUGAAUGCUGAAGAUGCCUGAAUGUUUCAAUGGAGGUUCAUUUCUGUCUUUAUGACAAAAACUUUUAUGGACACUGA